UUUUAUUGAUUAGCAUAUUCAAACUAUCCCCUUUCUCUGUAUAAACUCACAGACCAACAGCGUACUUUCGUCGCAGAGGAGAAACAUGGCGCACUUGUUAACGAACCCUCCCAACGUGAACAAGGAUACAUUCGCUCUCGAGCCCUCGGAUCAUUCGUUGGGAAGCUCGGUCAGCGAUCGCUCCUACAACGAGUGGAGGUACGGGGAAGAGGCGAGCUUGUAUUCCAUUGCGGAAGAUUCACGGGAAGACGGCCCGUCAGAAUUGGUGUCGGAUGCAACACGAUCACGGACAAAGCGAACCACUAUCGCCCAGCCUUCAUCGGCAGCAGAAAUUCAUGUGAUAGACGAGGCGUCGCCCGUUACACCCGACGACAAGGGCGAAAAUAUGUUCAAGAUGCCUAAGAUUCACUCGGAUAGGCUGCCGAAUAGUAAAGAGGGAAAAGAUAAUGACGAAUAUGGUCGCUGUCCGAAUUUGCGUCGUUUCAGGGUUUCCAUUGCUGCUUUGUGCAUUGUCCUAUUUGCGGUGGUUCUUGCGAUUUCGCUGACUGUCCCGAAUGACGACGCAUCACCAAGUCAAGUUAAAAGCAAUCUGCAAGACGCUGACGCUCAGGGGCCUCCUACAGCCUCACCUGUGACCGUACCCGUCGCGUCGCCAACUACGGUGCCUCCAUCCAGGGAUUGGGAAAGCGUCAUUACCUCUGAAGCUCGCACCAGAGUUCUAGCUGCAGUGUCAGCAUGCACCGAUGAAUCGCUCCUGUUAGAUCCUUCGACGGUACAAGGUGCGGCGCUCGCUCAACUAACCGACGAAGUAUCGGGGGAUGCGAAUGUGGACGACAACAGCACUGGCAUUGAUUUCUCACCAAAUCACAGCGAAGAAAAAUUGUUGGAAAAAUUCGUUUUGUUUGUGUUCUUUAUGUUGACCGACGGUGAGAGUUGGUUUAUGCAAGAAGGCUGGGGGACCGAAAGCGAUGUCUGCAUGUGGACAGGUAUUCUGUGCGGGGACAGUCAAGAAGGGGCUUGCGAGAUUUCCGGAAUAUCGAUGAGUAAGUACGAGUGA